AGACACAGAGAGACACGGAGAGACACAGACAGUGAGAGACAGAGACACGGAGAAACACGGAGAGACAGACAGAGACAGAGACACGGAGAGACACAGACCCAGGUGAACCAGGACCGGAGGUUCUGUUCAGCCUUUAGAUCUCGUCAUGAUCCUCAUUAAUGCCGUCAUGGUGCUGUUUCUGUUGGACGUGUGCGAGUGUGACUCCGAGCUGUCCCCCGGCCGGGAGGAACCUCUGGACUGUGUCAGAGCCUCCGAACUGUGCAACCAGAACAGCCAGUGCAGCUCGAGGUUCCGCAUCAUGCGCCAGUGCCUGUCCGGGGGGGGCAAGGAACGCAGCGCCAUGCUGGCCUCCAAGGAGUGCCGUGGGGCACUGGAGGUGCUGCAGGACUCUCCGCUCUACGACUGCCGCUGCAAGAGAGGCAUGAAGAAGGAGGUGCAGUGUCUGCAGAACUACUGGAGCAUCCACAUGGGUCUGAGCGAGGGAGAAGAAUUUUACGAGGCGUCUCCCUACGAGCCGAUCCAUUUCGCAGAGGAAUUCCGACAUGCCUCCAUCAUCUCAGAUUCUUCUUGGUCUAAGAGGAGCCCCUGCUCUGUGUCAGGGAAACCCUGUAACCCGUGUCUGGACGCGGUGAAGGCCUGCAACCUGAACGAGACAUGUAAACGCCUCCGAUCCGCCUAUACUUCCAUCUGCAGCAAGGCCACGCCCCCUCAGCCCUCUCUGGCCAAUCCGGAGCCCUGCAGUCGGAAAAGAUGUCAGAAGGCCCUGCGUCAGUUCUUCGAGCGGGUCUCCUGGGAGCUUACCUACCCCCUGCUGUUCUGCUCCUGUCCCGACCAGGCCUGUGCCGAGCGCCGCCGCCGCACCAUCGUCCCAUCUUGCUCCCACCAGGAGAGGCACAAGCCCACCUGCAUGGACCUCCGGCACACCUGUCGCUCCGAUGCCCUCUGCAGGUCCCGGCUGGCUGACUUCCACAAGAACUGCCAUACAACGUCUGAGAGCGUCACUGGCUGUCCUCACAAUAACUACCACGGCUGCCUAAUGUCCUACGUCGGCCUCAUCGGCUCUGACGUGACGCCCAACUACAGCGACAGCAAGCCGUCCAACAUCACCAUGAGCCUGUGGUGCACCUGUAGGGGGACAGCCAAUCAGGUGCACCAGUGUGACGCCUUCCACCGGGACUUCACUCACAACACCUGCCUCAAAAAUUCUAUCCAGUCGUUUGGCUACGGAGGAGAAGGAGGAACUCUUCCUGUGACGGAGCCGUCGUCCACCUUCUUGCCCCCUGCCGGGCCCCCAAUCAUCUCUAAGCCUGCCCCCCCUUUCCACGCUGACGCCCUCAAACCCCUGGACGGCGCCUGCGUGUUCUCCACCUGCGCUAACCUGCAGGACGGAGGCCUAAAGUGCAUCUCCUCUGAGGACUUGGAGUGUGAGGAGGCUCUUUUAGCUCGGGACUCGAUCAAUGCUCAAGACUCUGAAGGACCGAAGAGCAGCAGCCGGGAAUCAGCUACUCUCCUCCUCUGUGUGUGUGUGUCCAUCCUGAUUCUACUCACGGUCUCAUAGACACAAACUCACACACACACUUAAAUGUCAAGACCCAGAGAACGUCACGUGACUCGAUGCCCUCCGCUACGAGAAAAUGCCAACCAGCAGACGUCCAAACAUUAAUGAGAAAGCUUUCGAGGACGUUCGGAUUAUCCGUCUCUCUCUACUACACACACACACACACACCCACACACGCAAACAACCACACACACACAGAAGAAGAAACUGUGUUUUGUGUGAGAGACGGAACAAGCUAUGAAUCACUGCGUCCAGUGGUUAUGGAUUUGAAACAAUUGAAAAAAGCACACAGACACACAUAAAAACACACACAUAGACAAACACUCACUCGCACAACGAGUGUUGAAAUGGUGAGACAGACAGAGGACAGUUGUUUUUCAUGUAUCACUCCUCUGGAAGACAUCUGUACUUCACACACGCACAUGUACACACACCUACACAGCCAAACACACACUACCCCCCCUCCCCAAGACAUCGCUAGCAGGUCGCACACCAUCGUGCUGUACACUACGUCUCUAUCACCAGUUUGUUGUUGUCAUUCUGUACAAACUUCCUUUAAUAUGAACUGGGAUCUUUAAAGGGAUUGUGUGUAUCUCACAUAGAUGUAUCGUUGUGUGUGUGUGUGUGUGUGUGUGUGUGUGUGCGCAUUGUGCAAUGUGUACUUUACCUCCCGUCAUUGUGGGGUAUUUUCUAUUUGUCCGAGCAGGAUGUGACCUUGUACGAGGGGGGGCAGGGAGACCCAAAGAGAGGGAGAGGUUUGUGUGACUUUAGUGUGGCCUCUCUGCCCUGUGGCGUCUCACACACUGGGAGGAGAUAGAGGGAUUAUUGGCCUGCUAGUUGAGAGAAGAUAUUAUAAUGUCCAACACUUAAAAAACAGUCUGAUUAGACAAGUUGUGAGUGUGAGAGACUUGAUACUUGAUAAACACCCUAAACCCUGGGAGAGAGGGACCUGAGCCGCAUAUAAAUGACAAUACAAGUUAUAUGUAUUAUUAUUUAUAGAAUAUUCACAGAAUUCACAGAAUAUCUGUUCUGCCAACCAAAUUACAUUUCCUCUUAAUCAGGAAAUUGGAUUGACAUUUCAUUUAGAUUUUAUUAAGAAUGUUUGCUCAUUAAAUCAAUUUAGAGAUUUUCUUGAUUUAAGAAACAUUUCUAUAGUGGGAUAGAAAAGAGAUUCGUGGUCAGUAAAAUGUAACAAAAAAAAAUACUGAGGACAAAAGAGGGCACCACAAUAAAUUAUUUUGGGACGCCACAUGUUAGUCAUACUAAAUCUGAUUUAUAUUUAUAAAGUUUCUGACCAGUGAGAUCAUCUGACACCCUAAUCUGAAGACUGAAUUAGCUAACCAGUGGAAACAUCUACAUCCACAACCACGUCGGGAUGAACUCUUCGUUGUAAACCUAACUAAGACCAGAUUGUCUGGCUGAACGAUCACCGGAGGAUCGAGGCCACUAGCUGCGCUCGGCGCUUUCUGAUCUAUAGAAAUGCAAAGACGAGUAGAGGAAAAACACAAAAGUGAGGUUGUAUAUCUGCUGAUAUAUUUGGAAACUUAAACAACGCUGCAGGAGGGUAAAUGAAAUAUGUGUCUGGAGAUGUAAAUAAAAGCAACAGCUGUCGGC